CUGUACAAUAAAGAGAAUUACAGUUGUAUACAGUCAUCGCCACAAGACAACGGUGGUGGUAUUUACAGUAUAUUUUAGAAUAGAGGCUAAGGAGGCAUUAGCCUCCGUCUGCGAAAAGAUCUCCACGUUACGCACAGUGUUUGCUGCGCCGCAGUCGUCGAACGUAUAUGCAAUCCAUUCAUACCGAACCGUAUUAUAUUGAAAUUAAACGCGGCUGCAGUCAUACACACCUCUGACCAUCACUCCGCGAGUGCAGACAAAACAAUAAUUAUAAUAUACUCGAAAAAUUCGAAAAUAGAAGAAGAAGAAGAAGCAGCAGCAGCAGCGUCGAUUCGUGUCGUGGUCACCCUCGCGGUAUCGGCGGUCGUACAGGAUGAAGGAGGUACUGUUGGUGGCCCUGUUGUCCGUCGUCUGGUCGCUGCGACCGAUCGGCACCGAGGCGGACGUCGUGCGCGUCAAAACCCCGGCGCCCGCCCCCGAAGCUAGAGCCAACGACGACGACGAUCGCGGGUCACAGCAGUCGUCCGCCACGGUGUCCGACAACGUGGGCGUCGGCAGCGGCGACAACGGCACGUCGCCGUGCGACCGGUACCUAAGGUCGGCCGAGGUCGAGGUGCGGAACCCGCGGAACCACAAGUUCGUCACGUCCAACGGCUGGGCGGAACGGCAGCGGCCCCGGCCCGAGAUCAGCGUGUACUCGCGCGUCGAAGAGAUCCCGUCGCCACAACCACCAGCGGCCGCCGCCGCCUCGUUCUACCGUCAUCAACAGGACAGCAGCAGCUUUUACCAAAACUCGCGCCAACAGCAACCGGCCGUGCAGAGGACGUCCAAAAGGAUCAUUUACUACGCCACGUUGCCGGACGUGGUCAGGGCGCCGGCCAGUUACCCACCGCUCGCCCCGUAUACGGCCGAUCCGUUCGCGCUCGGACCCGGCCCGUUUUCCGCCGAUUUCCGGCAAUUGCAACAGGACUCCGGCAGGAAAGCGCUGCCGGACAGUUUGCAACGCAACCGACUGACGUCCUACGAGAACGCCUACAACCGUGGCGGAAACGGCGGAAACGGCAUCACGUCGGUCACGACCAAGUCGACGGGCUUGUACAACAGUAGAUAUGACGAACCGGCCGAAUUCCGCGAAUCGUAUUACCGGCCCAACGAGCUAACGACCAAGUACGCCUCGUGGGCCGAACCGUUCUACAAGAGCUGGACGUCGUCGUCCUGGGACAAGGACCGGUCAUCGUUCGACAACAACAACAGAAUUUCACCGUCGUUCUCGUGGGACAGGGAACCGCUGACCAGGUCCGGUGGCCCGUGGGACCGGGAGCCGAUCAACAGAGGCGGUGGCUCGUGGGACAGAGAGCCGCUCGGAGUGGACGGCGGCGGCGGCAGUUCGUGGGAAAACAGAGGUUCGUCGUGGGACAACAGAGGCUCGUCGUGGGACAAGGAUCUGGUGGAAGUGCCGUUGCAAAAGCCUUACAGAGGCGGCGGCAACGAAUUGUUCAACAACAACAAGUAUAAUCCGGAAGUAGCGGUCGUUCAUUCCGGUGUGAUCGACGUGAGGGGCGAUCGGAAACCAAACGAAUCGCCACAUCCCGCGCCGCCACCGAGGUUCACGAUCAUCGACGUCGACCCGAAACCGUACAACGAACAGCAGCCGCCUACGAUGCGGUACGACGAGCGCGUCAAGUCGCCGAUGCAGCAAAACAUGCGGUACGAUCCGCCGCAAAAACCGAUGCGGUACGAGACGUACAUGCCGAUGCAGCAGCAGCCGCCGCCGUCCAUGAUGCGGUACGAACAACAGUAUCGGUCUCCGCAACAACAACAACAGCAACCGCCGCCGCCGUCGUCCACUCGGUACGGGCAACAACAAAAACCGCAAAACAAUCAGCCGUCCAACGGUUAUUACGAGAGUAUAAAGAAUAACAUCAACACUCAUCAAUUCAUGACAAGUUGGACGGAAGUAUCGACUCAGGACGACGAAGUAACGCCCACGCACUCCGUAACCAUAGAUAUUGCUUCGGUCGGUAAUUCUACUAGCAUUCAAAACAAUAGCAGGAUCACUCCAAAUACAAAUACUACAAAAAUACCAAAAUGAAAACUGUUAAUAAAUAAAUAUAUAUAUAAGUAUAAGAUAUAUUUUAAGUAGAAUAUAUUUGUAAUAUUGGAUUUUAUAUAAAUAACAAUUCGCGAGCAUAAUAACUAUAUUACAUCGAACAAUAUGUGUUAAAUCAAAAUGUGCUUCUAACCAUCGUUGUAUAUUAUACAUUUAAACAGCGGUGUAUUUAGGAAUUUUUCACGAGAGGAUCCGGAUAAAUUCCCUAACAUAAAAAUAUAGAAAAAAAAUUCACAAUUAAAAAUAUAAACAAAGAUUUAAAUCAAAACAAUUUUUAAUAAUAAUUUAAGCUACGCAAUAUUAUAUUACCUAAAAAGUAAGUACUGACUGCAAAUAAUACCUCCGAAGUUGAAUUCUGAUUCCACAAUUGUUUUCAGCAUACUAGUUAAAACAAAAUAGUUGGAAAAAUUAAAAAAAAAAUUGAAGCUCAUUAAAGUAGAAAAUAUAAUUUUACCACACUAUAAUAAAUUAGUUGAUAACGGUAUACCUAUUAUCAAUGUGGAUAAACGGGUAUAUUAUGUAUUCUAAAAAUAUCUUAAUUGUACAUUUGUGUAUUAAUUUUAUUUUAAAUUUUAAAUUAAUAUAAGUUGACAACAUUUAAAAAAAAUUUACUAAUUAUUUCGGAGAAACCAGGAUUUCCAUUUUUCUUCUUUCCGGAAAUUUGCCACUCCCCUAAAUUUGCCGCUGUACAUGAGUAUUAAGUAACCUAACUUAACCAUCUAUUCGGUUAUAUUCUAUAGUCUAUAAUGUCUAGUAAAGUUGUAGUACCUAUUAUAGUGUACACCAAUAAGUAUGCUUCUUAUUAAAUUACCUAUACUUACUUAUUUUCAUUAAAUCUAGUUGUAUGUAUAAUUUUUC